UCGUCAAGUGACGUAUUAUUCGUUUGACUUGACUGGAUUUAAUGACAGUAAAUAAUUGUGUCGAAGCCACAUAAAAACAUAGAAAGUUGUAAAUUUCAGUGAAACCGUAUGCGUUCUGUUCGUGUGCGGUGAACCUGGUUAUUUAAAUACUGAACAAAGCGUGUAAUCUACGUAACGUCAAUCUCAUCUCCGAGGGAAGGAAAGAAAGAAGUUACUGUAAUGGCUGCCAUGUCAUGGAAAUGAAGGUGCCCAGUCAAAUUUACGCCAAAAUCGUCACUAUGGAGCCUAGAAUUAGGAUGGACUAUAAAUCCGGUGGUACUUCGAUGGGGCAUGACGAACAGUUAGGUAAUAUGGCAGUAGGGGCGAACACAUCUUACAAGCCCCAAAACAGCGACGGCGGCAAUGGUGACCAGAGACCGCAAUAUUCAAUACCAGGCAUCCUGCAUUUCAUUCAACACGAAUGGGCUCGCUUUGAGCUCGAAAGAUCCCAGUGGGAAGUUGACAGAGCCGAAUUUCAGGCCCGAAUAGCCUUCCUGCAAGGUGAAAGGAAGGGACAGGAAAAUUUGAAAAACGAUUUAGUGCGGCGGAUAAAGAUGUUGGAAUACGUACUAAAGCAAGAACGGGCAAAGUAUCACAAAUUGAAAUAUGGUACCGACCUGGUGGUACAAGGUGAUAUUAAGCCACCAAUUUACGAUGAAGGAAGCACUUGUGGUGGAUCUGAUGGUGGCGGAGGUGAUGGCGAGGCUCCAUUUACCUCGGUUAGCAAUAUAAGCUGGAGGCAGGGUCGUCAGCUUUUAAGACAGUACUUGCAAGAAAUUGGUUACACAGACACUAUUAUAGAUGUCCGGUCAAAUAGAGUUCGAUCGCUUCUUGGUUUGAAUAAUAAUACGGAUUCAGAUGAUCUCAAUACACCUGCACUAAAUGGAAACGAGUCAUCAAACAAGAGAGCUAGCGAGAAUCAGGGACGACGAGCCCCUGUUAAAAAAAUAGAGGCUCAUCCGACUCCUCUAGCCGAAGCUAUGAUACUUGAAACAGAAGCUGCUGUAAUGGCUAAUUUCGAAUUUUUGGCUCAUACUGACAUUGAUAUGGAAGAAGAAGAAGGAGAUGGUGAAGAAGAAAUUUAUGAAGCAAAUUCAGACACCAAACCGAACAAAACAUCAAUGAUGAUAGGAGAAGAUGUGGAUGCUGAAGCAGAAGAGGUUCUGAACGAAUUAAAUCAGCUAACAGAGUCAGAAGAAUCACAAGGCGACACUACUGAUUGGAAUUCAACAGGCAUGGGAUUCCAACAAGAUGCGAGACGUGCUCUCUGCCCAGAUGAAGAGGGUCUCGACUCAUCUUUGGGUUUAGGUGAACUAGCUCAAUUGACAGUGAAUAAUGAUGCUGAAGUUGCAUACGAUAUGGCUGCAACUACUGAAGAAGCGUUCCGACGGACAUGGAGGGCGAAGUAUACUCUACGUUCCCACUUUGAUGGUGUACGAGCUCUGGUCUUCCACCCCACAGAUCCUGUACUUAUCACUGCCAGUGACGAUCAUACGCUUAAAUUAUGGAAUGUCUAUAAAACUGUUCCAGCAAAAAAAUCAGCAUCACUGGAUGUGGAACCGCUGUAUACCUUCAGAUCGCACACAGGCCCGGUACUAUGUCUUGCUAUGAGCAGUUCUGGCGAGCAUUGCUACAGUGGAGGUUUAGACGGCAUGAUACAUUGCUGGACGCUUCCUUCAGCUAAUAUAGAUCCCUACGACUCGUACGAUCCAAGCGUUCUUAGUGGAACUUUAACUGGACACACCGACGCAGUUUGGGGAUUGAGCAUGUAUCAUCCAAGAUCUCAAUUGUUGUCAGUCAGUGCUGAUGGAUCUGUUAAACUUUGGAGUCCACAGAGCAAAGUUCCUCUAUUAAAUACGUACACUUCAGAACAAGAUGGAAUCCCUACAUCGGUUGAUUUUAUAAGAGAUGAACCAAAUAAAUUAGUAGUGGCUUACGAGAGAGUAUGUGCAGUAUUCGACACAGAGACGGCAGCUAUUGUAGCACGGCUUGAAGUGAAUGGCGUUAAAGGAGUAAACCGUGUCGUUGCUCAUCCAACUCUACCACUUGUCGUUGCAGCCCACGAAGAUAGGCAUCUACGAUUCUACGACCAUCGCUCAGCUACUCUAGCUUAUGCAAUGGUUGCUCAUUUGGGCGCUGUUACAAGCCUUGCCGUUGACCCCAAUGGCCUGUAUCUACUUUCAGGAAGUCACGACUGCAGUAUACGGUUAUGGAAUAUGGAUAAUAAAACAUGUGUUCAAGACAUAACGGCGCAUCGUAAAAAAUUCGAUGAAAGCAUCUUAGACGUAGCAUUUCAUCCUUCACGACAAUUUAUCGCUAGUGCUGGAGCCGAUGCUUUGGCGAAGGUGUAUGUCUGAAUUAGAACGCACUUUUAUCUUUAUAGCAGAACGGUUUUGUACUCAUGUUCUUUUUGAAUAGUUUUACCUGUAUGUACCACUUCCAAUUUUCUUUUAGUUUUAUCGAUCUACCUAAUGAGAACAGUAUAGAUGUAUCAAAUUGCAUAUUCCGAUACUCAUAUUAUAGGAAAUUAUUAUCCACAAUGUUUUAUUCAAAUAAUUUAAAAUGUAAACGCUAUUUGUUGAUAAUCGUCUUGACCCUUCACGGACAAAGGACACUUGAAUAGUAUCGUACUCCUGCCAUUGGAGCAUCACUUUGGCGACUCGAUUGAGCUAUCCCUGUAAUCACAUGAAGAUAUUUGCCAAUUCAGCUCCGCUGCUGUGAGCUGUGGUGUCAAGGUGAUAAAAAACCAUAAUUAUUAUGCAAUAUGUGAAGAAGAACAUUGUGCUGUAUCUAAACUUCACGCUCUUGAAACUUGGUUUAAAAAUAUUGAUUCGGAUUUUCAUCGAGUAAGUUGAAAGGAACAGUAUGCCACUACAUUUCUUGAGGAAUUGACUGUUCGUUACAUCUGUGUAUCGAACUUCAUAUCCAAUGACAGUACCCUAAAGUGGUAAAAACACACAAGAUCUUUAACCAGUGUGGUAUUCCAUGCAACGCAGCAGCACGUGAUAGUGUCCUGGGUCCAUGUUUAUCGGAUGUUAACAUGUCGCACUGGUUUGAAGGGUUGAGCGAAUCCACAACGGAUGGGAGGAAGGGGUUCCCAGCGUAGAAUGUAAUUAAUUAAUUAAUUAUUAGACCUAAUGUUUAGAAAAGCCCUUUUCCCAUCCCGAAUCCAGGGAGCGCACUGCCGCGGUAGCAUAAUAUUUAUCCUUAUGUUAACUAUUUAUUACUGAAAUCAGAGUUACUGCAGUACAGCUACUGGGGAUUAUUACAAUAAUAUGAUAGCGUUGUCUAAAGCUCUGCUGGAAAUCUCCCGUUACAGUCUUGUGCUACCUUCUGUAUCAGUUGAGGUCAGCAUAUGGUAAUAAUAAUAAUAAUAAUUCAUAAGUUAAUCAUAAUAUUAUUAUAGACAUAAUAUUAUCAAUAACAAUAAAUUAUAACUGUGUGUUUCACUGUAA